GGCGGUCCCGCGGGGGCUCCUGGGAGCUGUAGUCCCAGCGCCUUAUCCAGCGCCCGUGGCCAUGCAAGCGCCGGCGGCUGCGGAGCGCAACAAGGGCCCGAUCCUGGCUGUGCUGCGGCAGUACGCGGGGUGCGGCCCCUGCGAGGUGCGGGUGCUGGAGGUCGGGGCGGGCGCGGGGCUCCACGCAGCGCACUUCGCCCAGGCGCUGCCCCACACCCGCUGGCAGCCCUCGGACGUCGACCCGCGGGCGCUGCGCAGCAUCGCUGCCUACGCCGAGGCCAUGCAGGUGCCCAACGUGCUGCCCCCCAUCCUGCUGGACGUCUCGCAGGGCUGGGAGACCUGGGGGGGCACCCAACCCGCCAGCCUCGACCUCCUGGUCAGCAUCAACAUGAUGCACAUCGCGGAGCUGGCCUGCACUGAGGUGAGCAGUGGGGCAGGGCUGCACCCUAACAUGUCCCUGGCUCUGGGGGUCCCAUGGGGUGUCCCCAGGCACCUGACCCCUGGUUCCCACCUCUCUCUUCACCAGGGCCUGUUCAAAGGUGCUGGGGUGCUGCUGAAGACCGGAGGUGUGCUCUUCACCUACGGGCCCUACGCCGUGGAUGGCCGGAUCAGCCCCCAGAGCAACGUGGACUUUGACCGCAGCCUGCGGCAGAGCAACCCCGCCUGGGGUCUUCGGGACACAGCACUGCUGCGGCACUUGGCCGAGGCCAACGGGCUACACCUUGAGAGGAUGGUGGAUAUGCCGGCCAACAACAAGAGUCUCAUCUUCCGCAAGCUGUAACCUGCCUGUGACACCUCCCGGCACAGACACCCCCCAUUGAUACCCCUCAAAGGGGUCACAUCGCGAC